AAGUGUGAGAGGAAGAUAACAACGGGUAUAAAGGGACCAUAAGGUGGCAGGGGUCACUGUGUGGCUCUGGUUCUGGGCAGGAAGGUUCCUCCAGGAUGCUAAUGGUGAAGUGGUUGUCGGUGCUGGUUACGGUGGCCGUGGUGGUAGAAGGAUCUGGUGAGAUUUCCUGGUUAUUCUCGCUGCUUGAACGUCUUGAGAAAUCCAAACAGAAUGAAGUCCUCACUCAAGGCGGCCCUCCAGAUUUUGUCAACUGCAGUCCAACAUUUUCCUGCCCAGACACGUUCAAGUGCUGUAAAAGCUCUAUCGGCUUUUAUUGUUGCCCGCCGGGGAUGGUCUGUGGCACACCACCAAUGACGUGUCAUAUUGCGAGGCCUUUACUCUCAAAGGCUUCUGCUGGGGGACAGACAAACUUUAACAAGGAACGAAUCGAUUACAGAGGACCCACGGGAAAGAACGUUCUUCAACCAGCUCUCAAAGUUGGAGACCAGAAAAAGGGGCAAAUGACAGGUGACGUCCAAGACAGAGGUGGCCUGGCGUCGUUAGGCGACAACGUUGAAGCCACGUUACAAUACGCUACUCAAGACGAAGCUGGGUUCUGUCUUCCUCAACAGACAAUCUGUCGUUCCCCUAUCGGGUUGAGAUGCUGCCCAGUGCCUAAUGCCUCCUGCUGCAUGAACGGCCUCCACUGCUGCAGAGCAGGGUCCGGCUGCGUGAAUGACCAGUGUAUAGCACCUUCAUUUCCAACAUCUGCUUCAUCCGACUCAGAAACCAGUCUCCUAGGAGCGACAUCUUCAGCUGCUGUCUUCUUCUUCAAUCAACAAGUCAGAAUAAGAACCAGACCCGGAAGUAAAGCAAGAUCCGGAUUUCUAGCGGCAAAGAGAGCUGGAUCAGGAUUUGGAACAGGAACACAAACUGAUUCUGGAGCACCAGCUGGAGAUGGUUUGGUACCCUGCAAUGCAACCGCUUCCUGUACCCAGGAACAGACCUGCUGUAAGCUGACGAGUGGAGACUGGGGAUGCUGUCCGUACCAAAAUGCUACGUGUUGCCAAGACGGACGCCAUUGUUGUCGGAAUGGUUACACGUGUGACCAAUCCAAGAAAGCGUGCUCCAAGAAUGGAGUUGUCCUGGACUGGUCUCUCAAGCAUCAUGCUGUGAAGAAAGAGCCAUAAAGGUGUCUGUAUCACAGAACUAUCAAAUGAAAACCAGCCUUUCCUUUUCAAACUUCAUGAUUCAUUCUGCGAGCAAACAAAAAAAGAUAAAAAAUAAAUACCUAAAACAUUAUAACAAUACUUUACCAAUAUCUAAAUAGGUUUACUGUCCAUCAUGUAAAGGACUUGUUCACAUAAAAUCGCCAAAGACGAUUUUCUCCAAAUUUAUGUCGCCACACUUCGAUGUUUUUUUCAUCUCAGUUUCCCCCGAUUGCCACUCAACCAAGCCAUUAAGUAUUGUGAGACCUCCUUGUCUGUGGUCCAUCGUAGUCUCAUCCCAAAGGCAUCACUUUUUAGUAUAUAUUCAUGUCGUUAGUUGCAGCAAACUGAAUAAAAUGCUUAAAACAU